UGACAUCAGACCGAUCACCAUCCUGACCUGAACAUUCACGGGGCUAACCAGCCUACAGCAGUAGGAAGUCAUCCUUGUCUACCUCUGCAACUCUUCACAUUGCCCCUUAUCACUCACUUACUAUCCAACCCAUCCACCCCAACCACCAUCCCUCCACCAACCACAAAAUGCCCAACCCUCUCCUCGAAUACAUCCUCUCGCAGGACUCCUUCAGAAAAAACCGCCUCCCCUCACUAUACUCCGACUUCCCGAUCCACCGCAAAACCAACCCGGAAGGCUACACGACCAACAUCGCGGCGUGGGAGCACGCCCUCACGACAGCCGCGAAACACGGCUACAUCGCCCCGCAUUCACCCUCGUCCGCAUCCGCGCAGAGCAAAUCGGCAGACCAUUUGGUGUUGAGGGCCGAUGAUGCCCUGCUCAGGGAUUUGGAGAUUCCGGAGUGGGGGAGGCCUGUGGCGCUGGGUGUGGUUUUUGAUGAAGCGACUCGGAAUCGAACGAUGGUGCCGCUGCAGUUAUACCGGAGUAACGGGGCGAGCUUGCGGAAGCCCGGGUGGGGGAUUGAUACGUCGGUGCUGAGUCCGUGGACGGUGAUGAGUUGGGGGAUGAAGCAGUUGAAGGGGGUUGUGGUUGGGUCGGAGGAAGCGACGGCUAGGUUGCAGGCUCAGGAGCUGGUUUUGGUGGGGAAUCUUAAGGAGACUGCGGACCGGGUGGUCCAGAAAGCUACGGGUCAUAAUCCGUCGCGGACGGAUCUGGUAUACUCGCGGGAGAACUUCGUGAAGGAGUUUGCCACGGCUUUGGAUGAGACAAGUCGGCUGUCUGAGGCUGAUAUGGAUGUGCUAUUGUUAUAUUUAUCUCGCGACAGCGGUGCCAUCGCGUAUGACGGCAAGACUGUCAAGUUCAGAACAAAGGACUCUCCGAGAGAGAUCACGGAACAGGACACCGCGGUUGCCUCUAUCAAAACGCUCAUGGCAACGAUGACGAAACAGGUGGAGAACCUGGAGAAUAAGAUCGCAGAGCUGAAUGCGACGGCUAAGAUAGCGCUGCAUAAUAAGAACCGCGUUUCGGCGCUCUCGGCGGUGCGCUCGAAGAAGCUGGCGGAGCAUAAUCUGAAGCAGAGGCUAGACACUCUGGUCCAGCUCGAGGAGGUCUAUUCCAAGAUUGAACAGGCCACGGAUCAGGUCGAGUUCGUAAAGGUGAUGGAGGCGAGUACCGGGGCUCUUCGCGGGCUGCACACGCAAAUCGGCGGUGCGGAGAGGGUGGAGGAUGUGGUGGAGGAGUUGCGGGACGAGAUGUCCAAGGUGGACGAAAUCGGAAACAUCAUGAAUGAGGCUGGCCCGCAGAUUGAUGAGACCGAGAUCGAUGACGAGCUUGAAGAAUUGGAGAACAAGGAGCGGGAGGAGAGAGAAGAGAAAGAGGCGGAGGAGACCCGCAAGAAACUCGCUGCCCUCGACAAUCUCGAACAGCGUGCCAGCGAGGCUGCACGCACAGCAGCAGCCCAGCAGAGCGCCGAUUCGGAGUUGGAGGAACGGCUAUCUCGCAUGUCGGUCGAGGAAGGCCCUGCCUAGAGCGCCGUAAAGCAACACCUCAAACUGAGAGCCUGGC